UCUCUCUCUCUCUCUCUCUCUGAAGAGGCUUUUUAUCUUACUCGCUUAUCUCCUACGAAACUCCCUCUGAAUUUGCAUUUCCACAAUUGGAUUUUUGGAGAGAGGAAAUGCAGCAUCCCCUUCACUCUUUCCCCCACUUUCUCUCUCUACAUUAAUUGCGGCACCAACAUUCAUGCAGAGGAUAAUUUUGUGUUCUUCCAGCGAAUCUAGAAAAGGAAGCUGCUGCUCUUAGCGCUUGUUUGUUUUGGGGAGUCAGAUUCGAAGUGAAGUCUCAAGAUCACAGCAAAGAUGGCGGCAACACUGGCUUGGAGAUUUUCUCCCACUAAUAGCAACACUAAUGACUUGGAAAGAAACGGGGAUGCUAAACCUCGUGAUUUGGAGCCUUUAACUCCCCAUACACUUCCCAAAGCAAAUUCAAGAGAUCGUAGUAGUAUGGAGGACCCAGAUGGGACAUUAGCAAGUGUUGCCCAGUGCAUUGAGCAAUUGCGGCAGAAUUCCUCAUCUACCCAAGAAAAAGAAAAUUCCUUGGUGCAAUUGCUUGAGCUUAUUAAUACACGUGAGAAUGCUUUUAGUGCAGUUGGAUCACAUUCUCAAGCAGUUCCAGUGCUCGUAUCUCUUCUUCGGUCUGGAAUACUUGGGAUAAAGUUGCAGGCUGCUAGUGUUUUAGGUUCUCUGUGCAAAGAGAAUGAGUUACGGCUCAAAGUAUUGCUUGGGGGUUGUAUUCCGCCAUUGCUUGGCCUUCUCAAGUCAAAUUCAGCAGAAGGUCAAAUUGCAGCAGCAAAGACCAUAUAUGCUGUUUCUCAAGGUGGUGCUAAGGAUCAUGUUGGCUCAAAAAUUUUUUCGACAGAGGGAGUUGUUCCUGUAUUGUGGGAACAACUAGAGAAGGGACUCAAUGCUAGAAAUGUAGUUGAUGAAUUGUUAACGGGAGCUUUACGGAAUCUUUCUAGCAGCACUGAAGGGUUUUGGGCUGCUACAAUACAAGCUGGGGGAGUUGAUACACUUGUGAAAUUGCUUACUACUGGACAGUCAAGUACUCAAGCAAAUGUAUGCUUUCUCUUGGCAUGCAUGAUGAUGGAGGAUGCAUCUGUUUGUACUAAAGUCAUGUCUGCGGAUGCUACAAAACAGCUCCUUAAGCUGCUUGGAUCUGGCAACGAAGCUUCUGUUAGAGCAGAAGCUGCAGCUGCUCUGAAAUCUCUCUCUGCCCAGUGCAAAGAAGCCAGGCGGGAUAUUGCUAAUUGCAAUGGUAUACCUGUUCUAAUAAAUGCUACAAUUGCUCCUUCAAAAGAAUUCAUGCAGGGGGAGUAUGCCCAAGCUUUGCAAGAGAAUGCUAUGUGUGCUCUUGCAAACAUAUCUGGUGGUUUGUCAUAUGUCAUCUCAAGUCUUGGUCAAAGCCUUGAAUCAUGUACAUCACCAGCACAAGUGGCUGACACGUUAGGAGCGUUGGCUUCAGCUCUGAUGAUAUAUGAUAGCAAAGCAGAAUAUUCUAGGGCAUCGGAUCCAACGGAUGUGGAAAAGACACUGGUUAAGCAGUUCAAAUCCCGGUUACCAUUUCUGGUGCAGGAGCGUACAAUAGAAGCCCUUGCCAGUUUAUAUGGGAAUUCUAUACUCGCAGGCAAACUUGCCAAUUCUGAUGCAAAACGUCUGCUUGUUGGUUUGAUCACAAUGGCAACCAACGAAGUUCAGGAUGAGUUGAUAAGAUCUCUUCUCAUUCUCUGCAACAACCAAGGUAGUUUAUGGCAAGCCCUUCAAGGACGUGAGGGGAUUCAGCUUUUGAUAUCCCUUCUUGGUCUUUCAUCAGAGCAGCAGCAGGAGUGUGCUGUUGCAUUACUUUGCCUCCUGUCCAAUGAUAAUGAUGAAAGUAAAUGGGCUAUUACGGCUGCUGGUGGCAUACCCCCUCUUGUUCAAAUUCUGGAGACGGGGUCUGCAAAAGCAAAAGAAGACUCUGCAACGAUCCUUGGGAACCUCUGUAAUCAUAGUGAAGAUAUAAGGGCGUGUGUUGAAAGUGCUGAUGCUGUCCCUGCUUUGUUAUGGCUGCUGAAGAAUGGAAGCCCCAAUGGAAAGGAGAUUGCUUCUAAGACCUUAAACCAUUUAAUUCACAAGUCAGAUACUGCAACAAUCAGCCAGCUCACUGCAUUGUUAACUAGCGAUCUACCUGAAUCUAAAGUUUACGUGUUAGAUGCAUUAAAAAGUUUACUCUCUGUGGCCCCUCUGAGUGAUAUGCUACGUGAAGGUAGUGCAGCAAAUGAUGCGAUUGAAACGAUGAUAAAAAUUUUAAGCUUUACCAAGGAAGAAACUCAGGCAAAAUCUGCUUUAGUGCUUGCUGGAAUCUUCGAACUCAGGAAGGACUUGCGAGAAACUAGCAUUGCUCUUAAGGCUCUUUGGUCAGUCGUGAAACUUUUACAUGUUGAAUCUGAGAACAUUCUAGUAGAAUCUUCCCGUUGCCUUGCUGCAAUAUUUCUCUCAGUUAAAGAGAACCGCGAUGUGGCAGCUGUUGCCAAAGACGCAUUGCCUCUGCUGUUGGUGCUUGCUAACUCUCCCAUAUUGUUAGUUGCAGAGCAGGCAGUUUGUGCUUUGGCUAAUCUUCUUUUGGAUGGUGAAGCCUCUGAGAAAGCUAUUUCUGAAGAAAUUGUUUUGUCUGCCACUAGAGUUUUACAUGAGGGCACAAAUGUUGGAAGGACUCAUGCUGCAGCUGCUAUUGCUCGGCUUCUCCAGUCUCGCCAAAUUGAUUCUGCUUUAACUGACUGUGUAAACCGUGCUGGGACUGUGCUAGCAUUGGUUUCUUUCCUUGAAGCCGCUGAUGGUGGAUCUGUUGCUACUUCAGAGGCAUUAGAUGCAUUGGCUUUCCUCUCAAGAUCUUUUGAAGCUAGUGAGCAUGUGAAACCUGCUUGGGCAGUUCUUGCUGAAUUCCCCAAUAGCAUAACCCCAAUAGUUUCAUGCAUCGCUGAUGCCCCGCCAUUGUUACAGGAUAAGGCUAUAGAAAUAUUGUCCAGACUAUGCCGGGCUCAGCGUAUUUUUCUUGGGAAUGCAGUUGCCUGUGCAUCUGGAUGCAUUUCAUCCGUUGCGAGAAGGGUAAUCAGUUCACUAAAUGCUAGGGUGAAAAUUGGAGGAACUGCACUUCUUGUGUGUGCCGCAAAAGUGAAUCAUCAAAGGGUAGUAGAAGAUUUAAAUGAGUCAAACUCAUGUGCUCCACUCAUUCAUUCUCUUGUUGGAAUGCUGACCUCUGUGGAGACUUCUAAAUAUGGAGAUCAGGCUGAUAAAGAUACUGUAAGCAUCUGUAGAAUCGCUGAAGAAGUUAGUGAAAGUGACUUAGAGAGAAGUACUUCAGUCAUCUAUGGUGCCAAUAUAGCUAUAUGGCUUCUUUCUGCUCUUGCUAGUCGUGAUGACAAAAGUAAAGCUGGGAUCAUGGAAGCUGGAGCAAUUGAAGUCCUUACGGAGAAAAUAUCUCAAUCUUUUCUUCAGUAUGCACAGGUAUUUAGUUUUGUCUGCAAUUUAAACAAAAUGCUCGUAUUCGAUCCCCAGUGCAUCUACCCAUGA